CUGAAGAAGAGUGGACGUUCGUGUGGACAAAUAUUGAAAUUGUGAUUUGAAAUUUAGUGGAUUUUCGUUUAAGGAAAGUGAAAACUGGAAGUGGAAGGAAACAGCAAUUUGUAGUACGAGAUUUUAUAUAUUUUAAUGACUUACACACUCUCCGUCUUCACGAUGCCGACCCAGGUCCGAUGCGACAGAGUGCCGCCAGCACACGAGAGCCAGUGGGGGGCUCUCGACUUGAGGGUGUUGCAGGAAGACGAUCUCCCAUUAGACCCUCGGUCCUGGUGUCGCGCUGACGUCGGCGCGUGGGUGUCGCGGCGCGGUGGCCUCCCGGAGCGUUUCCCGAUGAACGGGAAGGCCCUGUGUCUGAUGUCCAGGGACAUGUUCGCUUCGAGGGUUCCAAACAAAGGAUUUGAACUGCAUCAGGACUUCCGAAGGAGACUGGCCAAAGCUCUGGCGCUACAGGACUUCAUCGAGAAGAUGUCCAAAAACUAACAUCCACCAGAAUGUGUUCCCGCGGUAUCAUCUUAAUGUCGACGGAAGCGAAUGUGGAUACUAGCUUAUACUGAAUUAAUCUUAGAGGCUUUUAUACAUAAUUUUCGAUAUAGUACGAUAUUAUUUUUUUCCUACCUAAGCUGAUAGCCUGGAGAGGCUAUUUCAGCGUAAC